AUGAUUAUACUUCAAGCAAAUAUGCACAGGAGUAAAAACGCAGACCUGCUAAUGGAGCAGAUGGUCUUAGAAAAAGGAGUUCAAGCAGUAUUGAUAAGCGAACAAUAUGCUCAAUCCGAGAAAGCUUGGAUCGAAGACGAGUCGGGAACUGCCGCCAUCUGGCUGCCUAGGGCCACAAAUUUCGUAAUAAUCGCGAAAGGAUCAGGCGAUGGUUUCGUCUACGUUCAAAACAGCCAAUUCACAAUGAUUAGCUGUUAUCUUACACCGAACGACAAUAUAGAUGAAUUCACCCGGAAACUGGAAAGUACUGAAGACAAAGCCCUUAGUUUAGAGGGACGACUAAUAAUAGCGGGAGACUUCAACUCAAAAGCAACCGAAUGGGGCUCGGCGACAACGAACUCAAGAGGUAGACGAGUGCUGGACAUGGCAGCCAGACUAGGUCAAGUGGUACUCAACACAGGAACGACUACGUACCGAAAGCCAGGUUGUGAAGGCACAACACCCGACAUAACCCUAGCAUCGGAAAGCAUAGUCUCCUUUACUAAAGACUGGAGAGUCCUGGAAGAUUACAAUGGGAGUGACCAUCAAUACAUCACGUUUUGCAUUGAAAUGGAAAACCAAAGAGUACGUGAAAAUCGGAAUAAAAGUACACGCAAAUGGAACAUAAACAAGCUAAACCCAGCGACGCUCCUUGCAACUAUUGACGAAAAUAAAACGACGAUCUGUACGAAUAGUGCAGCAAAAACACUAGUCAAGACCACAAUGCAAUGCAUUACGCUAGGUUGCAACGUAUCUAUGCCUAAAAUAGAACAAAAAAAGAAAUGCUGUAUACUGGUGGACACAUGA